CCCAAAAUGAGCGAGUCGGUCGAGCUGGAGCUGUUGAUAAAUUGUACCCAGGCGACCGUUCUGCGGUUUCCCUGGUCGACCGACUUCAAUACAACCGUGAUCGGCGAACUGAAUCGGACGGAAGUGUUGGACGUGUUGGGUGAAAUGAUUACCAGAAGCCGUGGAUACGUGCCAAAGUCAGCCGACCUGCUAACGCUAAGAGAGUUCAUCACGGAAUGCCUGUUCCCGACCACCAAAAGCCCCUACGAGCUGCCCUGGCAGCUGAAGACCGCCUGGGGCGUAGUGUUUGGCGCGAUGCUCCUCGUGGCCAUCACCGGCAACUGUAUCGUCCUGUGGAUCGUGCUCGCCCAUCGUCGUAUGCGCACCGUAACAAACUACUUCCUGUUGAACUUGAGUGUGGCCGACCUGCUGAUGUCCUCGCUGAACUGCUCGUUUAACUUUAUCUUCAUGCUCAACUCUGACUGGCCGUUUGGGUCGGUCUACUGCACGAUAAACAACUUCAUGGCCAACAUGUCCGUCGCAUCGUCCGUGUUUACGCUCGUGGCAAUCUCUUUCGAUCGGUACAUAGCGAUAGUGCAUCCGUUGCGUCACCGGACGUCAAGGAAGAAGGCCCGGAUCUUUCUUUUAAUCAUCUGGGCGUUGAGCUGUGUCCUGGCGGCACCGUGCCUGAUGUACUCGACUGUGAUGACGAAGCGAUAUAAUAAUGGUAAAACGCGCACCGUAUGCUACAUGCUGUGGCCUGACGGACGAUAUCCUACAUCCAUGGCAGAUUACAUCUACAACCUGGUGUUCCUGAUACUCACCUACGGCAUACCGAUGUUGAUCAUGAUCGUCUGCUACUCACUGAUGGGCCGCGAGCUGUGGGGCAGCCGCUCCAUUGGCGAACACACCGAACGGCAGCUUGAGUCGAUGAAAUCGAAAAAAAAGGUUGUGCGAAUGUUUAUAAUUGUGGUAACGAUAUUUGCUAUCUGCUGGUUGCCGUAUCAUCUGUUUUUCGUGUACGCGUACCACAACAACCAGAUGACGUCGUCGAGCUACGUACAGCAGCUUUAUCUGGGCUUCUACUGGCUCGCCAUGUCAAACGCAAUGGUUAACCCCAUCAUCUACUACUGGAUGAAUGGCCGCUUCCGGGUGUAUUUCCAGGAAAUUAUAUGCUUCUGCUGCCUGCAGUUCAUCAACUCGCGUAUGCGGGACGGCGUGCCCCAGGGUGUGCUGUUAAACAAAAAUUCCAACUCCGAGCUGGGCCGGUACCGGUCGUAUCGACAACGGUCCGUUUCGGUACGAUGGCGGCCACCGAGCACGGAAGAGUAUAGGAUGCGAACAGGCCUUCCCCGUCCGGCUCAUCUGAGCGUGAACGUGCUAGAAAGUGCGGUCAACGGUGGUGGUGACAAGCAGCCGGUUGCCGACAUUGCCGAACUGCAGACCAUCAACUUCCUGCACCUGAACCACAACUCGAACGAGCUGCAGCACAGCUCCUCCAACAGUCACGAAUUCUCCUGACAUCCGCAGUACGAUUAAGCCCACGAUCACCGGCAAACGACCGUCGCUUCGGUUCCAUCGCGACGAACCAUUCGAGAGACGAGAUUUUGC